CUCUGAGGAACCUGGGGAAGAAGGAGAAACAAAACCAAAGCAUAAACCCUUUGUGCCAGCUUUGGUGCCUCCUAAAAUUCCUGAUGGAGAGAAAGUUGAUUUUGAUGAUAUUCACCGCAAACGCAUGGAGAAAGACCUGACGGAGCUACAGACGCUCAUCGAGGCUCACUUCGAGAGCAGAAAGAAAGAAGAAGAGGAGCUAAUCAACCUCACCCAAAGGAUUGAGAACCGCAGGGCAGAACGAGCGGAGCAGCACCGGAUCCGGACGGAGCACGAGAAAGAGCGACAAAACAAACUAGCCGAGGAAAAGGCACAAAAAGAGGAGGAAGAGGCUAAGAGGAAGGCCGAUGAUGAUGCUAAGAAGAAAAAGAUUCUCUCGAGCUUCCAGUUCACAGGAUUCAUGCAGAGGACAGACAAAAAGGGAGGGCCUAGGAAGCAAACAGAGAGGGAGAAGAAAAAAACAAUUCUUAGUGAACGCCGUAAGGAACUGAAUGUCGAAAACCUGAGUGCUGAUAAACUCAGAGAAACUGCGAAUGAACUCUGGAAGUGGAUGCGCCAACUUGAAGCCGAGAGGUUUGAGCUGCAGGACAGAUACAUGUGCCAGAAAUAUGAGAUCACAGUCCUUAGGAAUCGCGUCAGUGACCAUCAGAAAAAUACCAAAGGCUCUAGGAGUAAGAGAGGACUACGAAAAUAAAGCAGCUUCACAGAGACACCAGAAACUUCUACCAUACUCAUAUCUGCAUAAAUAAUGUGCUUUAAUAUAGUUAUACAUUCUGAUCCUCAUAUUUAAUGUUUUUGGAGCUGAAUAAAAGAUGACACAGUGAAGUUGGUUUUUAAGAGACUAACAAAUAACAGUCCACAUUUGUCAUAUUAAUAUGAUAAGUUGAAUUUAUUGACUUUUCGGUGUUAAUUAUAUGAAUGUCAUAAUAUGCAAAGUGCCAUGAUGUGUAAUGCUGUCAUUUAUGAUUAUUAUCUGGU